AGACUACCAGCAGAAGAAGAGAAUCAAUGUCACAGUUGGGUUCAGAGUCUCCGCUUGUGGACACGGACCACAUCCAACAGGCAGCGACUUCGCCGGAUCCACUUCAGCCGCAGAACGUUGCGAUCCGCGAUCAGUCCUCCCCGCGGGUUGUGGCGGCGGCGUGGUGCGUCGGCGCCCUGGUCGGCUUCGUCGCGGGCCUGCUGCCCUUCGUGGUCGUCGCGUACUUGAGGGGAGACGAACCCUCGACCUCGCUGCCGCUUCCGCCGCCAGAACGCGACGACGGCAGCGUCUGCUACACCCCCGGGUGCCUGGCCACAGCCGACUACCUCUGGGACACGCUGAACCCGGUCGUGGAUCCGUGCCGCAACUUCGAGGAAUACGUGUGCGGCCGCUUCGGCGAGCUCGCCGGCGGGUCUGCCGGUGGGCUCGGCCAAAGCAUCGUGACCAGGGAGUUCGUGCUCGCCUACCUGAGGCUGGGGCUGGUCGCGGAACGCUACGCACUAUCCCGCAGCUCCGGUGCGCGCCACAAGGCCGCCACGCUGCUGCGGGACUGCAGGGCCAUCGGCAGCUCCGGGAGGUCGCACCACAACGCGCUGAGGCAGUUCAUGCGCGCGCUCGACCUCUUCCUGUCCGACCCGCCUCCGAGCGCGCCCACGUCCGCAGACCAGGUGCUGGCGCUGCACGUCGAGCUGGCUUACGCCUACGGCCUGAGCGCUGUGCUCAGGAUCCGGCCCAGGGUGGCGCACUCCCUUGCCGUGGAAUUCAACGACGCAAGCAUGAAGAUCACGGUGCUCAAGCCACCGGACACGCAGUACACUGCAGACAUAAUGGUCGUCGCGGGCGUGGCUCAGAGUCUCGAGUUGUUGCAGCUGCGGCUGCGGCUGCACAACGCCAUGGUGACGGCGGUUGCCGACGCGGUAUCCGCGAACCACGGCAGUGACACCGAGACAACACCCAUGGUCGUUAAGAAGGUUGAGGACCUGGCGUUCGCCGGCGUCAGCGCCAGCGCCUUCGGUGACGCGAUCGAGGCCAAGACUCCGUACGCGAGGAACUCGAGCGUGCUGGAAUCGCGCCUUCUCAAGUCCGCGCUGGCGUCGGUGUGGAAGCACAUGGCCGAGCCGAACCUGUUCCUGUGGACCAGCUGGAACGUGCUCGAGCAGGUCGCCCCGUUCGUGGAGCCAUCGUUUGCGGGUUCUCCCGGGUCGGCGAUCGGCCAGGCGUUCGCUUUCUACUGCCUGCACAUGGUAGCGCACGUCAUGGAACCAGCUCUGGCUGCUCUGGUUUACGUGGUAACGGAUCAGGAUCGCGCCGAGAUCACCACCAUGACGAAUGCGAUAGCCGGCUGCCUCAGCAAUAAAGGUCGGUGGCUGUCGUCGUUCUCGACUCCUCCACCUCUCGUGGUCGGCCUGCCGCCCUACGCAGACAGCCUCGAGCGCCUGGACGCGUUCUACGCGUCGUUCCCGACGCCUCGCGGGUCGUUCUUCGAAGACUGGCUCUCCACAGCGAAGGCCUGGCGGCAGCGCGUUUCGCCCAACGACUCGCACUUUGACCCGCUCGACGGCGACGUCGAGGUGGCCGCCGACGGCACGGUGCUUGUUCCCGCGGCACUGCUCACGGUGCCCUUCUACUCGUCGGACGGGACUGCGGCGGCCAACCUUGGUGGACUCGGCCACCUCAUCGCAAGGCGCCUCGUCGGCAGGUACCUCGUGGCCUCCGCCGCCAGCUUCCCCGCCGAAUGUCGUCCGCCGCCAAGGUCACCGACCUCGGGCGUCUUCGAGAACCUCCUGGCCUACGAGUGCGUCGGCGUGGCGUUCGACGCGACGAACGCGACCAGAGAUCCGCGGCUGCCCCGACUCCCAUCUCUGAGCCCGGCCAGGAUGGUCUACACGGCGGGCUGCCUCAAGGACUGCGCCGUGCAGAAUGGCGGACCUGCAAGCUGUCGCGCCCCCGUGCGGCUACUCGGGGCUUUCGACGAGGCCUUCUCGUGCGCGUCGGUGCAACCACUGUGCUCGCUUUCGUGAGCCUCCGGGUGGCACUCGCGGUUUCUGGAGUGUGCGAUGACGUCGAUGCUGCUGCGAGCGAGUGACGUCAUUUUUCGGGAUAUCCGUGACUGUACGACGAGAGUAUAAUAGCGGCACCACACGAUACAUCUGCAUGGAAACAUCGCAUCCCUCUGGGACCCAUCGCCCUGCCGACGGCUUCUUCGAGAAUGGAACGUUAUCUCGAAGGCCGUGCUUUUUCGUUCUGCGGGCGCCGGAAGCCACCACUGGCGUCAUCGCCGCCAUAAUUUGGAUGGAAACUAUUUAGUAGUAGUAGUAGUAGUAGUAGUAUGUUUAUUUGGCCAUAUUAUAUACAAUACAAUAUGCCCUCGAGGUGAGGCUAAAGGAGGUAGACCAAGCAUACCUCCUGACAAGGCCUAAACCCCGAUCACACAUCAUGGAAACGGGGGCCGAAUGGACACAGAGGAAAAAAAAAAAACAAUGAGCAAACAUGAUCACAAUAGAAAAUAGUUAAUAGAAAUAGAAAAUAGAAACAACGGCAACUUCACCUAUAUGUAAUUUUUGAACAAUAAAAUGAAUGCAUCGUUUCAGU